GGGAUCUACUGUCAGACCAUAAACAUAGGAAAAGAGGUGAGUUGUAAGGGUCACGGGUUUGCCUUGAAACCCCUUUUUUUACAUUCUCUCUCACUCACUGCAUAUCCCAGUUUUCACAUAAUUAAAUAGUAACAAAAACAAAUCCAAAAAACCCCCAUUAAAAUCUCCCCAUCACCAUCCUCUUCCUCUUGGCUUUUCAAUGGCUUUAAUGCUUGAUAAUUGUGAAGGCAUAUUACUAUCACUUGACUCACACAAACCAGUACCAGCUCCAUUUUUAACCAAAACUUACCAACUUGUCGACGAUCCCACCACCGAUCACAUUGUUUCAUGGGGUGAAGAUGAUACUACUUUUGUUGUAUGGCGGCCACCCGAGUUUGCUCGUGAUCUUCUUCCUAAUUACUUCAAGCACAAUAAUUUCUCUAGCUUUGUGAGACAACUCAACACUUACGGUUUUAGGAAGAUUGUACCGGAUAGAUGGGAAUUCGCCAAUGAGUACUUCAAGAAAGGUGAAAAACACUUGCUUUGUGAGAUCCAUAGAAGGAAAACAGCUCAGCCACAAGUGACGGCGGCGUUAAACCACUACAACCACCACCACCGUCAUUUACACCCACAGUCACCUAUGGUUAAUAAUACUCAUUAUGGUUACCUUCCAUUUCCAAGCCGAGUUAGCAUUUCACCACCUGACUCAGAUGAACAAACAACCAACUGGUGUGACUCACCACCACUUUCUUCAACCACCGGCGGUGGAGGAAGCUAUAACAACAGCUCGGUUACAGCUUUAUCAGAAGACAAUGAAAGGUUAAGAAGAAGCAACAAUUUACUCAUCUCUGAAUUAGCACAUAUGAAAAAGCUUUACAAUGAUAUCAUCUACUUUGUUCAAAACCAUGUUAAACCAGUCACUCCAAGUAAUUCAUAUUCUCCUUCUUUGCUCCUUUGUGCUCCAAACCAGCACCACUUUGGGUAUUAUCCAAAUAGUCCAACACCCCAAGUUCAAGUCUUAAAUGAAGAACCAAACAACAACAAGACAAAGCUCUUCGGUGUCCCUUUACAAUCCAAGAAAAGGUUACACCCUGAAUAUGGUGGUUCAACAGCAGCUAACAUGGAGACUCAUAAGGCUCGUUUGGUCUUAGAAAAAGAUGAUAUAGGGUUGAAUCUUAUGCCUUCUUCUACAUGAUAGCUUCUUUUUAGGUAAAAAUAUCAUCCACCCUGUACUAGUUAAAGAUUGCAUUUUAUCUUUUCUAUUUAAAAAAUAGAUAAGUUAAUCUUUAUAGCAA